AUGGUUUUUGGCAAGAUUUGGGAGAGUCCGGCGCCCUCCAAAGUGAUUGCUUUCUCUUGGCAAUUACUCUAUGAUCGUGUUCCGACAAAGGAGAAUCUUCUUUUGAGAGGGGUCAUUCACCAUGGUGGUGGAGAGGGUAAUUGUGUUUGGUGUGUGGACUUCCGUGAGUCUUCUAGUCACUUGUUCCUUCGUUGUAAGAUGGCAUUGGAGGUUUGGUAUGCGAUUUUCAAGUGGUUAGGAGUUGUUAUUGUUAUGCCGCCAAAUCUUUUCCACCUUUUUUAUUGUCUAAGUGAGGCGGCAACGAAUAAGAAGGUUAGAAACAGAUAUAGGUUGGUGUGGCAUUCGGUGAUUUGGAGUAUUUGGAAAGCUCGGAACAAUAGGAUUUUUAGUAACUUAGUCAAGGAGACUCUUGAAGUUGUGGAGGAUGUAAAAGUAAUUUCGUGGAAAUGGAGUGCCGCUAGAUUGAAAAUUUCACCGGCUUGUUUUAUGAGUGGUGCUUGGAACCCGGAAUUUGUUUGA